AUAGUAUUUAGCAGCAACUGGCAUCGAGUAUUGGUGCAGCUCUUGUGACAGUGUGGUAGCAGUCUGUAGUACUGAAUCCUCUGUUGCAUCUUAAAAGUAGUCCAUGGGGAUCUAUAUGUUCUGAUGAGUGCAGGACUUGCAUGUCAUCUUAAUGCUUGCUGUGCAUUGCCUUUGUAUUCUUAUUGAUGGAGUUACCAAAGGUGCACUCGGUGUUUUUAGGAUAUGGUUCAUGAGGGAGAAGAAGCAUCUUUUACAUCAUAAUUAUUGCUAAGUUUGUAAUAAAAACUUUCUUUGUUUUGUAGCAAUUGAUGAUUAAGCUGCACGGCAGCAGGUGUGUUGUCAGCUCUGUAGGUUUACCUGUUCCCUGUUCUGCAAAGCCUUUGGUUUGCUCAUUUAUAAUGCGGUGCUAUAUUUUGGCUUCGUAGGUUAGUUUGAGAAAAAGUGUUCUCAAUCAACAAUUAAUAUCUUGGGAGAGGAAAAUACCCUCUUGUUUUUUGCAGGCCUUCUAUUAAGGUGACCAAUUGUGUUCAUUGAUAAACAACAAGGAAAGUUAAGAGCAUUGGGGCCAUGGAAUCAUUACCAUCACCUCUCUCCAAACAGAGGAGAGGAAUUGCCAUUUAAUCUUAUUAUGACAGCACUAUAAGCAGGUUGGGAGUCCUGAGCAGCUGGCGGGAUAAGGCGAGCCUAUCCAUAUGCUGAGGAAUCUGUUGUGGGCAACAUCAAAGCACGAUGUCUACCUUAUGCAGAACUAUUCUCUCAUGCACUGGUCGUCUCUUCUCCGAAGAGGCAAGGAAGUACUCAAUGUUGCUGGGCCGAUCGUACCCACUCUGAAACUUCGUGGAUCUUUAGCUCAGUCUGUUUCAAGAGUACAGAUUAGCACCAUGGCUGUGAAAGACAAUUUGAUGGUAGCCGGUGGUUUCCAAGGGGAACUUAUCUGCAAGUAUCUGAAUCAACCUGGAGUGGCCUUCUGCACAAAAAUAACCAACGAUGAGAAUGCCAUUACCAAUGCAGUGGACAUCUACCGGGCUUCCAAUGGCUCAACACAAUUGAUUGCUGCCAACAACGACUCUCGCGUGAGGAUUUACGACACUGAGAAGUUCUCAUUGCUUAGUCAAUUAUCCUUCCCCUGGUCAGUCAAUAACACUUCUGUAAGUCCGGAUGGUAAGCUUCUUGCUGUUCUCGGGGACAGUGCAGAUAGCCUGAUUGCUGAUGCUCAGUCUGGAAAGACCAUUGGGACCCUUAAAGGGCACUUGGACUAUUCAUUUUCAUCCGCGUGGCACCCAGAUGGACGGAUCCUGGCCACUGGGAAUCAGGAUACGACAUGCAGGCUGUGGGACGUGAGGAAUCUCUCUGCAUCAUUGGCUGUGCUCAAGGGGAGGAUGGGAGCAAUCCGAGCCAUAAAGUUCACGUCAGAUGGGCGUUUCAUGGCCAUGGCAGAGCCAGCGGACUUUGUUCACAUCUACGAUGCAGGGUCUGAUUACCGCAAGGCCCAGGAGAUUGAUCUGUUUGGAGAGAUUGCUGGGAUAUCCUUCAGCCCUGACACGGAGGCUCUCUUUGUAGGGGUGGCUGACCGCACCUAUGGGAGCCUACUGGAGUUCACAAGGAGGCAUUGCAACCAAUACAUGGACUCCCUCGUCUGAUGGGAAGUAGAAGAGUGGGUUGAUGGCUCUCUUGUUUUCUCGGAAUGGCUCCAUACAAAGGGUCUAAUGGGUGUGUACUGAAUGGCGGAAAGUGAUGCAAAUGAAGUUUCCAAGAUUGAUGCGGCUGGCAGUAUUGGCGGGUCUUGCAUUGGAAGUUGCAGGCUGCACAACCCGCUCCUCUUAAAAUGAAGUACUAGAUACAGCCUCAAUUCGCAAUGGAUUGUUACCUCAUAUGAGGGAAGGUUUUUUUUUUUUUUUUGACAAGGUUAAGAAGGAAGAGGAAUUUCUUGUGUAAAAGAGAGGUCAGUGUCAGUUGUGCGUUUGUAUAUAUAUAUAUGUGUGUGUGUGUGUGUGUGUGUGUGUGUGGGGGGGGGGAAGGAUUGGGCAUUUCUUGUUUGUUUAUUUUGCUCUGAUAGAUGAAAUGCCAUCUAUUUGGUAACUAUAUUUUGAAGGUUUCUUCAUGUUUCCUUGUAUCUAGUGCCAAGCUCUUCUGCAUUUGAAAGAAAAAAUGUAAUGGGAGGGAAGAGCAAUAGCACAUGCAUAUUCCGUUGAUUGCAUUGUAAAUGCCAAAGCGCUUAGAAACCA